GAUCGAAAGACAGACAGACAGACAGGGCAGGCAGGGCUCGGCCGGACUCUCCAUGCGUCUGGAUGCUCAGGAGAAUGAAGGGGGAGGAGAGAGAGGGAGGGGCAGGAGAGAGAGAGAGAGAGAGAGAGAGAGAGGAGAGAGAGCUCAGAGGAGAGAGGGGCACAGAGAGGUGAGUGCGGGUCUAGCUGGCCGCCCCCCUUUCCCAGCACAAGUUCCAACACAAGUUCCGGGAGAGGUGGCAGCUAGAGCUAAGGACAGAGAGAGGAGGAGAGGGCGCAGACCCUCAGAUCCGGGCUGCUGAGGAGUCUGGGCGGCGGGCCCGGGGUGCGGGGGCCUGAAGCUUGGACCCCGCCACUGCCCUCAGCCCACCCGCCUCUCUCCAGGCUCUGUGCCUGGUGCUGCACUCAGUCCACCCGGCGCCGCGCGUCCCUCCCGGACACCGCUCCGCAGCCUCCCCGCCCAGCGCCCAGGCCACCCGACCAGCCGCCUCCCCGCCCAGCGCCCAGGCCACCGGACCCGCCGCCUCUCCAGCCGCCUCCCCUGGGCGGCCUCCGGGCUCCCCGCGAUGUGGCUGCGCCUGGCCUUGUGCUGCUGCAGCCUGGCGCUCGUGUCCGGCUGGGCCACCUUCCAGCACAGGCCCGCAUCGCGCAACUUCACUUUCCGCUUCGCCCCCGAGAAGGCGGCCAGGACCCCGGGGCUGCAGCCUCCCGCGCCCGGAGAGACCCCUGUGGGGAGGACAGUGGAGCGGCCGGGCCAGGAGGAGGGCGCAGGCCAGGCGGGGCAGCAGCACCAGGAGGAGGAGGAGGAGGAGGAGGAGGGCGCGGCGGGGCGGCAGGGCCGGGCGUUCCGGAGGCGAGUGCGGCAGCUGCGGGGGCUGAGCGGGCGGCUGGAGCUCGUGUUCCUGGUGGACGAGUCGUCCAGCGUGGGCCCCGCCAACUUCCAGAGCGAGCUCCGCUUCGUGCGCAAGCUGCUGUCUGACUUCCCGGUGGUGCCCUCGGCCACGCGCGUGGCCAUCGUCACCUUCUCGUCCAAGAACAACGUGGUGCCCCGCGUGGACUACAUCUCAGCGCCCCGCGCCCGGCAGCACAAGUGCUCGCUGCUGGCCCGCGACAUCCCGGCCAUCACCUACCACGGCGGCGGCACCUACACCAAGGGCGCCCUGCAGCAGGCCACGCAAAUUCUUGCUCACUCUCGAGAAAACGCCACCAAAGUGGUAUUCCUCAUCACGGACGGAUAUUCCAACGGAGGAGACCCUAGGCCGGUUGCCGCCUCUCUGCGGGACUGGGGAGUCGAGAUCUUCACCUUUGGCAUAUGGCAAGGGAACAUCCGCGAGCUGAAUGACAUGGCUUCCAGCCCAAAGGAGGAACACUGCUUUCUUCUCCACAGUUUUGAAGAAUUCGAGGCCUUGGCUCGCAGAUCAUUGCACGAAGACCUGCCUUCUGGGAGCUUUAUUCAAGAGGACAUGUCCCACUGCUCAUAUCUCUGUGAAGCCGGCAGGGACUGCUGUGACGGCAUGGCCAGCUGCAAGUGUGGGACACACACGGGCCAGUUCGAGUGCGUCUGUGAGAAGGGCCACUACGGCAGAGGCCUGCAGCAGGAGUGCACAGCUUGCCCAGCAGGGACAUACAAGCCGGAAGGCUCACCAGGAGGAGUCAGCACUUGCCUCCCGUGUCCUGAUGUGAAUCACACCUCUCCCCCCGGAAGCACAUCCCCUGAAGACUGUGUCUGCAGAGAGGGGUACCGGGCUUCCAGCCAGAGCUGUGAAGUUGUUCGCUGCCCGGCCCUGAAGCCUCCUGAACAUGGCCACUUCAUCCAGAACACCUGCAACAACCACUUCAACGCGGCCUGUGGGGUCCGCUGCGACCCGGGGUUCGACCUCGUGGGGAGUAGCAUACUUCUGUGCCUGCCCAGCGGCCUGUGGUCCGGCUCAGAGAGCCUCUGCAGAGUAAGAACUUGCCCUCGACUCCGCCAGCCCAGACAUGGACAUCUCAGCUGCUCCACGGGGGAGAUGUCCUACAAGACAGUGUGUCUGGUCAGCUGUGAUGAAGGGUACAGGUUGGAAGGAUGUGCCAAGCUUACCUGCCAAAUAAACAGCCAGUGGGAUGGUCUGGAGCCCCGGUGUGUGGAACGCCACUGCUCCACCUUUCAGAAGCCCAGAGGUGUCAUUGUAUCUCCUCCCAGCUGUGGCAAGCAGCCCGCCAAACCUGGACUCAUCUGCCAGCUGAGCUGUCGCCAAGGAUUUUUUUCAGCUGGAAUCAAGGAAGUGAGGUGCACCACCUCUGGAAAAUGGAGUGCCGAAAUUCAGUCAGCUGUUUGUAAAGAUGUAGAAGCCCCUCAAAUCAGCUGUCCUAAGGACAUAGAGGUCAAGACUCAGGAGCAGCAAGACUCUGCUAAUGUCACCUGGCAAAUUCCAACAGCUAAAGACAACUCUGGGGACAAGGUGCUCCUUCACGUCCACCCAGCGUUCACCCCACCCUACCUCUUCCCGAUUGGAGACGUCGCCAUCACGUACACAGCAGUGGAUCAGUCUGGCAACCAGGCCAGCUGCACGUUCCACAUCAAGGUCCUUGAUGUGGAGGCACCCUCAGUGGACUGGUGCCGGUCUCCACCUCCAGUCCAGGUCUCCGAGAAGGAGUAUGCAGCCAGCUGGGAGGAGCCACAGUUCUCAGACAACUCAGGAGCCCUGCUGGCAGUCACCAGGAGUCACACACCAGGGGACCUUUUCCCACACGGGGAGACGGUGGUGAGCUACACGGCCACUGACCCCUCGGGAAACAACAGGACCUGUGACAUCCACAUCCUCAUAAGAGGUUCUCCCUGUGAAGCUCCAUUCACGCCUGCAAAUGGAGAUCUCGUGUGCACUCAGGACAGCAUUGGAGUGAACUGUACGUUCAGCUGCCAGGAGGGCUACGAUCUCCCCGAAGGGUCCACGGAGAACUAUCACUGUGCCUAUGAAGAUGGCGUCUGGAAGCCACCAUACUCCACCGAGUGGCCUGACUGUGCUUUAAAACGCUUUGCCAAUCACGGGUUCAAGUCCUUUGAGAUGCUAUAUAAGGCGACUCGUUGUGAUGACACAGAGCUGCUGAGCAAGUUCUCUGACGCCUUUGAGACUACCCUGGGGAAGAUGGUGCCUUCCUUUUGUAGUGAUGCCGACGACAUUGACUGCAGACUGGAGGACCUGACCAAAAAAUACUGCCUUGAGUACAACUACGACUAUGAAAACGGCUUUGCGAUUGGGCCAGGUGGCUGGGGAGCUGCUAACAGACUGGAUUAUUCUUACGACGACUUCUUGGAUGUUGUGCGGGAAACAGCCACAGGCCACACAAAAGCCAGGCCUUUACGGAACAGAAGAAGCGCCCCAUUAUCUGACCACAAAAUUAAAUUGGUUUUUAAUAUAACAGCCAGUGUGCCCUUACCCGAGGAGAGAAACGAUACUCUGGAACUGGAGAAUCAGCAGCGACUCAUUAAGACCUUGGAAACUAUCACGAACCAGCUGAGAAGGACCCUGCACAAGGAGCCUAUGUAUUCCUUUCACCUGGCCUCCGCCACGCUGGUUGCCGACAGCAACUCCUUGGAGACGGAGAAGACUCACCUCUUCUGCAGACCCGGCUCGGUGCUGAGAGGGCGGAUGUGUGUCAGCUGUCCUCUGGGCACCUCCUACUCUCUGGAGCAUCAUGUCUGUGAAAGCUGCGCGGUGGGGUUCUACCAGGAUGAAGAAGGGCAGCUGGAGUGCAAGUUCUGCCCAGCGGACACCCGCACAGAAUACCUGCACUCCAGGAGCAUCUCUGAGUGUAGAGCUCAAUGUAAACCAGGCACCUACUCAUCCAAUGGGCUGGAGACGUGUGAGUCAUGUCCUCUCAACACUUACCAGCCAGCGCACGGCGCCCAGAGCUGCCUCUUCUGCCCAGAGAACACCUCCACUGUGAAAAGAGGGGCUGUUAGCAUCUCUGCUUGUGGAGUGCCUUGUCCAGUAGGAGAGUUCUCCCGCUCUGGAUUAAUGCCCUGUUAUCCAUGUCCUCGAGACUACUACCAGCCUGAUGCAGGGAAGUCUUUCUGCUUAUCCUGUCCCUUCUAUGGAACCACAACCAUCACUGGGGCGAGAUCCAUCACCGACUGCUCAACUUUCGGUUCAACUUUCUCGGCAGCAGAGGAAAGCAUAGUGCUCCGUGCUUCUCCUGGACAUAUCAAGAAGUAUGAAGCCAGCAGCCAGGUUUUCCACGAAUGCUUCCUAAACCCCUGCCAUAACAGCGGCACCUGCCAGCAGCUGGGGCGCGGCUAUGUCUGUCUCUGCCUGCCUGGAUACACAGGUUUAAAGUGUGAGAUAGACACAGAUGAGUGCAGCCCCCAGCCCUGCCACAACGGUGGGAUUUGUGAAGACCAAGUUGGAGGAUUCACCUGUGAAUGCCCGUCUGGUUACACAGGUCAGCUCUGUGAAGAAAAUGUGAACGAGUGUAGCUCCAACCCCUGCUUGAAUCAAGGGAGCUGUGUGGAUGCCGUGGCCGGCUAUCACUGCGCGUGUGAGAGCGGCUACACAGGUCCGCACUGUGAGGUCGAGGUCGACGAGUGCCAGUCAAAUCCAUGCUCCAAUAACGCAGUGUGUGAAGACCUGGCCGGAAGAUUCCUGUGCAGAUGCCCACCUGGAUUUGUGGGUGCCAGGUGUGAGAAGAACAUGGAUGAGUGUCUCAGUCAGCCAUGCAGAAAUGGAGCUACCUGCAGAGAUGGCGCCAAUAGCUUCAGGUGUCAGUGUGCAGCAGGCUUCACGGGGUCACUCUGUGAGCUGGACAUCAAUGAGUGUCUUUCUAACCCCUGCAAAAACCAGGCCACCUGUGUGGAUGAACUCAACUCGUACAGCUGCAGGUGCCAGCCAGGAUUCUCAGGCAGCAGGUGUGAAACAGAACAGGCUACAGGGUUCAACCUGGACUUUGAGGUAUCUGGCAUCUACGGCUACGUCAUGCUGGACGGCCUUCUCCCGUCUCUUCAUGCCGUGACCUGUGCAUUCUGGAUGAAGUCCUCUGACAUCUCAAACUAUGGGACCCCCAUCUCCUAUGCCGUUGAGGAUGGCAGCGACAACACCUUCCUGCUGACUGACUAUAACGGCUGGGUCCUUUAUGUGAACGGCAAGGAGAGGAUAACAAACUGCCCCUCUGUGAACGAUGGCCACUGGCAUCAUGUUGCAGUCACGUGGGCAAGCACUGACGGAGCCUGGAAAGUCUACAUUGACGGGAAGUUUUCUGAUGGCGGAAUGGGCCUCUCUGUGGGGUCCGUUAUCCCAGGCGGUGGUGCACUGGUUCUCGGGCAAGAGCAAGACAAAAGGGGAGAGGGAUUCAACCCCGCUGAGUCUUUCGUGGGCUCCAUAAGCCAGCUCAACCUCUGGGACUAUGUCCUGUCCCCAGAGCAGGUGAGGCUGCUGGCUACUGCAUGCCCCAAAGAACUCAGCAAAGGGACCGUGCUUGCCUGGCCCGACUUCUUGCCGGGAGUGGUGGGGAAAGUGAAGAUCGACUCCAAGAGCACCUUCUGUUCUGACUGCCCGUCUUUAGAAGGCUCAGUCCCUCAUCUGCGCACCAGCUCCACAGACUCCAAGCCGGGCUCCAAGGUCAGCCUGUUCUGUGACCCGGGCUUCCAGAUGGUCGGGAACCCCGUGCAGCACUGCCUGAACCAGGGGCAGUGGACACAGCCUCUCCCCCGCUGCGAACGCAUCCGCUGCGGAGUGCCACCCCCUCUGGAGAACGGCUUCUACUCAGCAGAGGACCUUCACGCGGGCAGCACGGUGAGCUACCAGUGCAGCAGUGGCUACUACCUGCUGGGCGACUCCAGGAUGUUCUGCACGGACAAUGGCAGCUGGAACGGCAUCGCGCCGUCCUGCCUCGACGUGGACGAGUGUGCGGUGGGGUCUGACUGCAGCGUGCAUGCUUCCUGCCUGAACACCAACGGCUCCUACAUCUGCUCCUGCAAGCCCCCCUACAGCGGUGACGGCAAGACCUGUGCAGAACCUGUAAAGUGCAGGGCUCCAGGAGACCCAGAAAAUGGACGAUCUCACUCCUCUGGUGAGAGCUACACAGUGGGCACCCUGGUGACAUUUUCCUGCGAGCAAGGACACCAACUGUUGGGAGUGACCAAGAUCACGUGUUUGGAAUCUGGAGAAUGGGACCAUCUAGUGCCCUACUGUGAAGCUGUUUCCUGCGGUGAACCAGCUGUACCAGAAAACGGUCACAUGGAUGCAGCUGCAUUUACCUACGGCAGUAAAGUGUCAUACAGGUGCAGUAAGGGCUACGCUCUGAGCGGUGACAGCGAGGCCUCCUGUCUCGCUAGUGGCUCCUGGAGUCACUCUCCUCCUGUGUGUGAAGCAGUCAAGUGCUCCCACCCUGCAGGCAUAAGUCACGGGAAAUACACUCUGAGUGGCCUCGCCUACCUUUCCACCGCGUCCUAUUCCUGUGAGCCUGGGUACAGGUUGCAAGGUCCCUCUGUCCUUGAAUGCUCUGCCUCAGGGAACUGGGACAGGGCGCCCCCGACCUGUCACCUUGUCUUCUGUGGAGAACCGCCUGCCAUCAAGGAUGCUGUCCUCAAAGGGAGUAACUUCACUUUCGGGAACACUGUCUCCUACACUUGCAGAGAAGGCUAUACCCUGGCCGGUGCAGACACCAUGGAGUGCCUGGCCAGUGGCGAGUGGAGCCAGAGUGGGCAGCGGUGUCUGGCCGUGUCCUGUGACGAGCCCCCCCACGUGCAGCACGCCUCUCCGGAGACUGCCCACCGGCUAUUUGGGGACAUCGCCUUCUACUACUGCUCGGACGGCUACAGCCUGGCGGACAAUCCUCAGCUGGUCUGCGACGCGCAGGGCCGGUGGGUGCCCCCGGCAGGCCAGGCCGUGCCCCGCUGCAUAGCUCAGUUCUGCGAAAGCCCCCCAUCCGUCUCCUACGGCAUCCUGGAGUCGGUGAGCAAAGCCAAGUUCCCCACAGGCUCGGUGGUGAGCUUCAAGUGCAUGGAAGGCUUCGUUCUGAACACCUCAUCAAAGCUGGAGUGCAUGUGGGGCGGGCACUGGAGCCCUGCCCCGGCCUCCGUCCGAUGCAUCCCUGUGCGCUGCGGACAGCCGCCCAGCAUCCUCAACGGCUAUGCCAGUGGGGCAAACUACAGCUUUGGGGCCAUGGUGGCCUACAGCUGCAACAAGGGCUUCUACAUCAAAGGGGAGAAGAGGAGCACCUGUCAGGCCACAGGGCAGUGGAGUCAGCCCACACCCUCCUGCCACCCUGUGUCCUGCAGUGAGCCGCCCAAGGUGGAGAACGGCUUCCUGGAGCACGCCACCGGCAAGGUCUUCGGGAGCGAGGCGAGGUAUCGCUGCCACGCAGGCUACACGCCGGUGGGAAGCCCGCUGUUCACCUGCCAGGCCAACCGCUCGUGGCACAGCGCGUCCCCGCCGGCCUGCGUGCCCCUCCGCUGCGGGAAGCCGCCCCCGCUCCAGCACGGCUCCGUGGCGGCGACGGGAGAGGACUUCGCCGUGGGGUCCAGGGUGCGGUUCCUCUGCGACGAGGGCUACGAGCUCGUGGGCGACGGCUCUUGGACGUGUCUGAAGUCCGGCGCGUGGAACGGGAGGCCGAGCCCCAAGUGCGUGCCCGCCAGGUGCCCGGAGCCGCCUCUCUCGGAGAACCGGCUGGUGCUGAAGGAGCUGGCGGCGGGGGCGGCCUUCUCCUGCAGGGAGGGGCACGUCCUGCGGGGCCCGGCCGCCCUGAGGUGCUUGCCGUCCCGGCAGUGGAACGCCUCCUUCCCCGUCUGCGAGCCGGUCGUGUGCCCCCCGCCUCCCCUGAUCGCCUUCGGGGUCCCCGCCGCGACGGCCGCCCUUCACUUCGGAAGCACCGUCACCUACUCCUGCGUGGACGGCUUCUUCCUCAGGGGGGGCCCCGGCGCCGCCUGCCAGGAGGACGGGACCUGGAGCUCCCCGCUGCCGGAAUGCGUCCCGGUCGAGUGCCCCCAGCCCGAGGAGAUCCCCCACGGCAUCGUGGACGUGCAGGGCCUGGCCUACCUGAGCACGGCCCUCUACACCUGCAAGCCGGGCUUCGAGCUGGUGGGGAACGCCAGCGCCCUGUGCGGAGAGCGCGGCCAGUGGCUGGGGGGGAGGCCGCGCUGCCAGCCCGUGGCGUGCCCGAGGCCCGCGGAGAUCCCGCACGGGCGGCUCUCCUACGCGCACCUGCACUACGGACAGACGGUGGCCUACACCUGUGAGCGCGGCUUCAGGCUGAACGGCUCCGCAACCCUGACGUGUCUCGACACGGGCGACUGGGACGGGGCCGCCCCGGCCUGCGGCGCCAUCCACUGCGAGCCCCCGCAGCCCAUCGAGAACGGCUUCGUGGAGGGCGCCGACCACAGCUACGGCGCCAUGAUCAUCUACAGCUGCCUGCCCGGCUUCCAGGUGGCCGGCCACGCCAUGCAGACCUGCGGGGAGACGGGCUGGUCGGGCGCCGUGCCCGCGUGCGUGCCCCUGGACUGCGGGCUGCCCCCGCACGUGGACUUCGGGGACUGCCGGAAGGUCGGGGACGAGCCUGGGAUGGAAGCCCCGGAGCGGGCCCCGCGCCUUCCCGCUCCGGGCUUCCUGUACGGCGCCACGGUGCUGUACUCCUGCCACCCGGGCUACGCGCUGCGGGGGGAGCCGGUGCUCACCUGCCAGGAGGACGGCACGUGGAACGGCAGCGCGCCCGCCUGCGUCUCGGCGGGGUGCGGCUUGCCGGAGGCCCCCGACAACGGGGCUCUGCGCCUGAGCGAGACGGCGGCGGGCAGCGCCGUGCGGUACAGCUGCGGGCCCGGGCACCGGCUGGUGGGCGCGGCCGUCCGGCUCUGCCUGGAGGGCGGCCGGUGGAGCGGCACCCCGCCCCGCUGCGAGGCCGCGGCGUGCGGCAGGCCCAAGGCCAUCAGCCACGGCUCGGUCCGGGGCGGCGACUACAGCUACCUGAGCGCCGUGGACUACGAGUGUCAGCCGGGCUACGUGCUCCACGGCCCGCGCAGGAGGACGUGCCGGGAGAGCCGGGAGUGGGACGGGAGCGAGCCCAGCUGCCUCCCGGUGGACUGCGGCCCGCCGCCCGUGCCGGCCCACGGCCGGGUCAAAGGAGCCGAGUUCACGUUCCAGAAGGCGGUGGAGCACUCCUGCGAGGAAGGCUUCCUCCUCGAGGGCCCGCGGAGCCGCCUGUGUCUCGCCGACGGCAGCUGGAGCGGAGCCCCGCCGCGGUGCGUGCCCGCGGGCGCCCGGUGCGCCGGCCUCCCGGACGUGGCGCACGGCGCGGUGGAGAGCCUGGACUCGGGCCCCGGGGGGCAGGUGCUCGUCCUCUGCGAGCGAGGCUACGUGUUGCGGGGCGCCCGGAGGCUCACCUGCCGGCCGGACGGCACCUGGGAUGCGGAGCCUCCCGUCUGUGAGCCGCUGGCCUGUGAGCCCCCGGGAGACCCGGCCCCGGGGAUCCCCAACGGGCGCGUGCUCCGCCGAGGGGGCGACUUGCGCUACCGGUGUCUCCCUGGCUACCGGCUCCACGGGAGCGCCUCGAGGCGGUGCCUGGCCGACGGCUCCUGGAGCGGCAGCCCCCCGUCCUGCCUGCCGUGCCGCUGCUCUGCGCCCGACGUCCCGGGCGGGGCCGCCGCCAACGGGACGGACUUUGCCUGUGGAACGGCGGUCCGGAUCCGGUGCGUCCGCGGCUUCAGGCUCCUGGGCCUUCCCGAAAUCGCCUGUGACGCCGAGGGCCGAUGGAGCUCCGACCUCCCGCGCUGCGAGCACAGGACCUGCGGGUCUCCCCCGGUGGUCCCAGACGCCUUCAUCACGGAGAGCGGCUCGCUGGGCGAAAAUGGCAUCAGCUACCACUGCAGAUCGGGGUACGUCCUGCAAGGCACUUCCGACGUGGCCUGUACGGAGGGAGGGGCGUGGAGCCAGCCGCCCCCAGUCUGUGAGCCCCUGUCCUGCGGACCCCCGCCCUCCGUCCCUCACGCGGUGGCAACUGGAGAGACGCACACCUAUGGAAGUCGGGUGAAACUCAGGUGUCUGGAAGGCUAUGUCAUUGACGCAGAUACAGACACAUUUAUCUGCCAGGCAGAUGGCCACUGGUCCCCUCAGACAAUCUCUUGCAGCCCCAAGAAAUGUCUCCUGCCAGCAAGCGCCGUUCACCCAUUACUGGUCCACGGAGAUGAUUUCAGUGUGAACAAGCAAGUGUCUGUCUCAUGUGCACACGGGUUUACCUAUGAUGGAGUGAACACAUCAACAUGUCAGCUUGAUGGAACCUGGGAGCCCCCAUUCUCAGCAGGGUCCUGCAUUCCAAUUUCUUGUGAGAAACCUGAAAUUCCAGAACACGGAUUUGUGGUUGGCAGUCAACACACCUUGGAAAGCACAGUUGUUUAUCACUGUGAACCUGGGUAUGAACUAGAGGGGGACAGGGAGCGCGUCUGUGGGGAGAACAGACGGUGGAGCGGAGCCCCCGCCGUGUGCAGAAAGGCCAGGUGUGAAGCCCCGCUGGAGUUUCUGAAUGGAAGAGCUGACAUUGAAAACGGGACUUCUGGACCCACUGUGGUGUUCUCCUGUGACAGGGGCUACAGCCUGGCAGGGGCUGCUGAGGCGCACUGCUCUGCAGACGGGACUUGGAGCCACCCAGCUCCUCUCUGCAAACCAAAUCCAUGCCCGGUGCCUUUUGUGAUUCCUGAGAAUGCUGUGCUGUCUGAAAGGGAGUUUUACGUUGGCCAGAAUGUGUCCAUCAGGUGCAGAGAAGGCUUCUCGCUCCAGGGCCAGGGCGUCAUUACCUGCGGCCCCGAUGAAACAUGGACACAGACCAGCGCCAAGUGCCAGAAGAUCUCCUGUGGCCCGCCAGCUCACGUCCACAAUGCCCUGGCUCGAGGCGUCCACUAUCAGUAUGGGGACAUGAUCACCUACUCCUGCUACAGCGGGUACACGCUGGAGGGUCCCCUACGGAGUGUCUGCUUGGAAAAUGGAACCUGGACGCAGCCUCCAGUCUGCAGAGCUGUCUGUCGGUUCCCGUGUCAGAAUGGAGGCGUCUGCCAGCGCCCAAAUGCAUGUUCCUGUCCUGAUGGCUGGAUGGGGCGUCUCUGUGAAGAACCGAUCUGCAUUCUCCCCUGUCUAAACGGUGGGCACUGUGUGGCCCCCUACCAGUGUGACUGCCCACCUGGAUGGACGGGGUCCCGCUGCCAUACAGCUGUCUGCCAGUCCCCCUGCUUGAAUGGAGGCAAGUGUGUGCGGCCAAACCGAUGUCAUUGUCUCUCAACCUGGACAGGGCACGACUGUUCCAGGAAAAGAAGGUCUGGAUUCUAACCACUGCACCGCCAGCCAGCCAGCUCUCCUCAAAGCAGGACCAUCUCUUUCCUGACCUCCUGGAACGUAUGCAGAGAAAUUCCAGCACAGUGUUGGGUCUCGCUUGACUUCACAAACUUGUUACCUGGGGAUCAACCUUUUUAUUUUGUUACAUUUUCUUAUUCCAUGUGAUAUAUGUCUUACAUGUUUUCAUUUUUAAAUGCACCUGUAUUUUUUGUAUUAAAAUAUAUUAAGCAGGUGCUGCCCCAUGCUCACAGAAUGUACAUACUCUGCUGUCUCCCAGGGAAAGUUCCUGGUUUUUCUACUCAAUUCCAUAAAAUGGUUUUCCAUUAAAAUAUAUUUUGCUACUGA